GGCGGACCAACAUGGCCGCGCUCAGGCGGGGGACAGCGUACGUUAGUUUCGUCAGGAGUUCAGUUCGUGCCAUCUUCAGCAGCAGUAAAGCUGCCGUAAGUAAACCAAGAAAAUGUGCAAGUGUUGUGUACACUGCCGUCGCGUCUUUAGCGGUCGGUGGCGGUCUGUGUGCUGUACCUUUCAAACAGGUUGAAAAUCUGUCUCAUGACUCUCUGAUCAGACGAGCAGCUUCUCUGGUAACAGACAGCUCCAGCACUUUCCUCUCUCAGACCACCCUGGCUCUCAUAGAUGCCAUCACAGAAUACUCUAAAGCUGUGCACACACUCAUCGCUCUACAAAGACGGUAUUUAGCCUCACUGGGAAAACUGACUCCAGCAGAAGAGGAUUCAGUCUGGCAGGUGAUCAUCGGCCAGCGAGCAGAGAUCAAUGACAGACAAGAUGACUGCAAGCGUUUGGAGUCCGCCUGGAUCAACGUGGUGAAGCUGUGUGAAACAGCAGCUGAGGCAGCGUACAGCUCAGGAGCUGAGCAUGCGUCCAUCACGAUGAGUUCUAACAUUCAGGUGGCGCUGUCGCAAGUGAAGGAGGCUCAGAAACUCUCACAGGAUGCUGAUAAGAAGUUGGCCGAGACUAAAGUGCUGGAGGUUCAGAGGAUGGCACAACAAGCUGCCAGUAGUGAGGAGGAAGAAAUACCUGAGGCUUAUCUACGAGAAGACUAAAGCAAAUAACCGCAAUCUUAUCAUCCUUACAAUUAGUGGUCGAAUGAUGAGGCGUUUUUCAGGGCCAAUACUGAUACAGAUUAUUAGUAAUCAAGUAUGAAUAUUUGGAACGUUUCUGUAAAAAAUGAACAUUUUGGAAUCAGAAAUUAUGAAACUCCAACACAGAUCUUCAUUGAAAUGCCUUUGUUUACUCAUGUUUUACAGCCUUUACAUUAAAGGAGCUUUUCAACAUUUAUCCUUGAGUGUUGAUAGGCUGUUGGUCGUGCUGUGUAACCAAUCAGACACUGCUGUGGGCGGGACGUUGCUAAAGACCACAGAGUGACUACAGACAGAGAGAGGCGGCUGCAUAAGAGCCAAAGUAGCACAUUUUUAUCAGGUAUCUAAAAGAGAUCAUGGAAAAAAAAUGCAAAAUAUCACAUCUGAUAAUAGGUCGACCUAUACUUACAUUGUCUUCUUGUUUUGUAAGAUGUUUGCCCCUGUGAUUUGACUCAUUUAUAGUAGAUUGUGUUCAAAUUUGUGCUUUCAUCUGCAUAAAUACCAAGAAGUGAAUCAAAGAAGAGCCCUUUUCAGACAUGAGAUAUGAACAUUAGUCUGUUAAAGUGACGGCUUUCUGUCAUCCAGACAUAGGUCACUUUUACAUUAAUGUUCCUCAAGGCUUCAUUUUACCUUCAUAUGAACGCAAUUUGUUCUCGAUGCAAGAUUGGGCAUUAUAUCAUGUGCAUUACAUAUAAUGCAUAAUAAUUCACUAGUAAACAAAAGACUAAAUGUAAAUCUGCUAAGUAACAAACUGGCUCCAGCUUGUGAGGAAGCUGGGACAUGUGAAGACAUUCAAUUAAAAUCUAUAAUUGAAUCUAUCAGUCUUAUAAACUCUGUGUGACAGGUCACCUGUCUGAGGUGUCUAAAAGUACACAAGGUGGCUUCUUGUUAAAUCCUGAUCAAUCCUGUCUCCAUGUCAAGGAUAAUUCUUAGUGAUAAGUAAAUAAUGUUCCUCCGUGAGCGUAAAUGUGUGCAAUGGUGACACUCAUUUGGAUCCUGCUGCUGUCUAAAGCUGCAGUUUAGUAAUGAACUCAGAGGAAAGACUCCAACAAACAGAAGUACACUGGUUGUGUAUGCCUGUUUAUUAAUGUGCAGUUCAGACUUGUGCUGUAUUGAAAGUGAUACAGCAACAUUCCAAGCUAAUAAGAUAACUAUUGCAGUUUUUACUGAAAAGUGACCAGUUUGUUCAUUCAGACAUAGCAGACACAUUCAAACUGCCUGUCUGAAAGGGGCUUCAAUGAGGCAUCUCGAUUAUUCAAAACCUCCUUUAAAAUGUUUAGCCACCUAAGGGUAUUUAUUGGAUUAUUGAGUGUGUUGUCUCUCCACUAUAUGUUGUUUUGGGCUUUACUUUUUGUGUUGUAUCUUGGUAAACUUCAUUGCAAUAAAGACAAGACAGUAUAAAAACAUAAAA